ACAAAGCAAAACAUUUUGGGGGGAAUUUUUACGAUAUAGCCAAUUUUGACUCUGUCGUUGUAUUAACUAGUGGAAACAUUUUCACCACUAGUGGGUGUGUGAUAAAGGAGUACAGCACGAGGGGCAUGCAAGCAACCGCGCGCUACGAGCCGGGCACGUUUUCUGCUCUCUGAGUCAACAACGCUGUAGCUGCGCUCACAAUCACACACUACAAAGCUUUCCAUAGUUACCAAGAUAUUUUUCAGAUUGAACGUAAUUGAGUAGUAGUCUAUGAAAUUACAAAACUGGUUUAUUUUUUUACAACUCAGGGUAAAGGGGGAGUUUUCUGAUUUGCCGUGGUUCCGCUUUACCUCCGUGUUUUCAACAAGCUUUUAUUUCCUUCAUAUCUGAGCGCCCAUCAGUGUAAUGAUCUGGCUUUUUCCUCGUGUCGUUUCCACUUCAGCAUGGGAACUGCAGUGUCCAAAAGGAAGACUUUAAGGAACGAUGCAAUAUCUUCUGUGACCGCAAAAGUUAGAGCAGCCAGAGCUUUUGGAGAUUACCUGUCUCACACACACCCUGAGAACCGUGCCGGCUCAGAUCACCUGCUGUCUGAUACCUUUAUCGGCCAAGACACAGACUCCCCUGACCUCAGUCGUUUCCACAACAACCUACAGCCUCAGAAUCAGCCCCAGGCCCACAGUCUCCAGUCACAGCCCAGCACCCUGCAUUCCCAGCCCAGCAGUCUCCAGCCCCAGCCCAGCACCCUGCAGCCAGAUAGUUUGCAGCCCACAGGACCGUCCAAGCGCAGGCUCUCAGCAGGGCUCUCAGUGGAGCGCAGCUUCUCCUUUGAGGAGCAGCAGCCGCCUCCCAGGUCCACUGGGGGAAGUCUGACGGGCCUGAAGCCAGCUGCCCAGCGGGUCUACACCAUCACCAGGGAGGGAGGCAUGCUAGGGGGCCGAGGCAGUGAGGAGAGCCUGGAGCUGGAGGUGCUGAAGCAGCCCCCGUCCCCUCCUCCCUCCUCCAACCAGCCCUCGUACUCAAAUCCACAACCACCAGGCAGCAAAUACCAACGCGGCGGCGGUGGUGGCAACCAUCACCGUGGCAACCAUAACCAUGGCCCACAGAACCACAGGUCCCAGUCCCAGCCCCUGCAGAGCUCGGGGAGCGCCCAUAACAUCCGGGACUGGGGGGUGCGGAGGGGGGGCUCGCGGGAGGACUGCACCCCAGAGUCUGUGACCUGCAUCAGGGCCCCAUGUCAGAGCCAGCGCUCCCUGGAUCUGGAGACGUCCCCGCAAGACGGAGGCAAACAAAGGAAGAAGCUGGAGAGGAUGUACAGCGAGGACCGAGACAGAGACAGAGACAGACAAGGCUCUGCUGAGGAGAGAGAGGACAACCCUAAUAGCUGGUUCCCCAAAGAGAAUAUGUUCAGCUUCCAGACGGCAACCACAACAAUGCAGGCUAUAUCGGCAUUCCGGUGCAUUGCUGAGAGAAAGAGGAGGAAACGAGAACAGGAGGCAACCUCUACUAUAACAGAGACUGAGAGGAACUUCCGGAAGCACCUGAGAAUGGUGGGCAGCCGCAGAAUGAAGGCUCAGAGUGAGUUCCCCACAUAUGCCGACCGCCGAGCUAAGAGUUUCAACCGCUCCUGGAGUGACCCAACCCCUGUGAAGCCAGACUCUCUCCAUGGCUCCAGAGACAAUGGGGACCUGCAGUCCUCGUCAGGGGCUCUAGAUGAAGGGUCACAGGAGGAUGCAGACUGGGAGGAGGAGAGAGAGCUGGAGAGAGCAGCCUGCGAGGGAGAGGACUUCAUCCCACCCAAAAUCAUACUGAUAUCCUCUAAAGUCCCGAAGGCUGAAUAUGUCCCUAACAUCAUCCGUCGGGACGACCCCUCGGUCAUCCCCAUCCUUUAUGAUCAUGAACAUGCCACAUUCGAUGACAUCAUUGAGGAGAUAGAGAAGAAGCUGACGGCCUACAGGAAAGGCUGUAAGAUCUGGAACAUGCUCAUCUUCUGUCAGGGAGGUCCGGGGCAUCUGUACCUGCUCAAGAACAAAGUGGCCACGUUUGCCAAGGUGGAGAAGGAGGAGGACAUGAUCCAGUUUUGGAAGAAGUUGAGUCGGUUUAUGAGCAAACUAAACCCUGAGGCCAACCUCAUUCACAUAAUGGGCUGCUAUGUUCUGGGGAGCGCCAAUGGAGAAAAACUAAUCCAGAAUCUGAAGCAGCUAAUGAGACCUCAUGCCAUCGAAUUCAAGUCCCCACUAGAGCUGUCUGCGCAGGGCAAGGAGAUGAUCGAGAUGUACUUUGACUUCCGUCUCUUCCGCCUGUGGAAAACCCGCCAGCACUCCAAGCUGCUUGACUAUGACAACCUUUUGUGACGUUGCUCACCUUUCACCUUUGUCAGCCUACUGGCUGUGUAUCUCAUCACCGAUAGCCUAUAGUGACGGCUUUCCUUGAGAGGUCCUGGACGGGAGCGCUCUGUAGAAGAGGUGCAACAGGAAGACAGGGUUCAGGUGGUUUUACUCACUGAGGAGGCUUCAAUCCUCAGCUCUCAGAUGAAUUGAAGGCACUAAGUGAAAUCCAGUAGCAGCUACUGUCAAGAGGUGAACUGUACAUUUCCCCCCAUCCAUUUUCACUGUCUCAACUAAUGCCUCUACUGGAGAGAACCAGAGAGAGAAGGUAAAAGAGAGGAGUGGAUAGAUCAUCCUUUAGUCUCAAGAGACACAUAGAGUUAGAUUUUAAGCUCAGGAGCCCAGAAAGUCUUCUUUUAGAGAGAGCGAGAGAGCGAGAGCGAGAGAGAGAGAGAGAGAGAGAGAGAGAGAGAGAGAGAGAUGCAGCACCUGCAGGGAAAAUAAAAACUCUUUGUGAAAGGGGAGAAGAGAUGGCGACAUAUUUCCUCCUUUGUCUACCUGUCAGCUGUGUGAACUCAGAUUAAAGCUCAUUUUUUUCAGGAAGUACGUAGAUCUCCCUAAGGAGCUAAAUGUAUUUAUAAAGUGCUUUGGUGGUUUUCGGAGCUUUAGAGAAUAGAUUUCCGUUAUCUAUACAUGUACCACAAAUAGAAAAGAUAGUACUAAAUUAGUCUUACCAAUAAUUCAAAGUAUCUAUAUAUCGUAUAAAACAGCUUUUAUUUUAACUUAUUGUAUUAGUAUUUCUUAUGGACUGUUUGACUUGAAUAUCUCAGGGUUACUGCUUUCCCUCAUAUGAUAAUUGCCGUCGCCUCAUGUACCGUCAUAACGUAACGGAAUAGGAUCGGAGAUGUCUUUCGACUAGUUCCGAUCCUCUCCGCUCAGUGGUUGUCAGGGAAACCAUUUCUGUGUCUCUGAGCACCUGUGCGUGUUUGUGUGUGAACGAGGCAGGUGUUUGUAUUUUUAGAUUCUUCAUACACUAGGUCAAUUGUAGCUUAUUGCUCAUUACGCAUGCAACAGUGACACCAUACCAGAGCCCUUCCACGUUGAUGUUUUACCCUGCUGAACUAUGGACACGGACGUUUCUUUCUUGUCGUGUUCAGUUCACUCCCAGGGAAUGAUACCCUUAUGCUGUGAGCGCUCUGUCUUACUGUGUGUGUCUGCAUUGCAUUGCUAACUGUGCAUCAUUUAAUACUGCCAUGAGGUUUAUAGAAAGUGGACUAGGCCUAGCCUAGAUGACUUGUGUCACACUGCUUAUGGUAAUCUCCCUCUCUUUAUAUCUACAGUAUAUUUACUUGUGUUGAACUAGUAUUGCUGCUAGUUACUCUAGUUCUCUCUGCACUGCCUGUGUUUUUCUUCAUUCUUGUAUGAACCAAAAUCUCAGUAUUCUUGUCAUGUCAUUCUUAUGGCAUUUACUUUCUUUGUAUUGUGCUAUUGACUUUUAACAAAUGGGCUCUCUGUCUUGCCUAUGUGAUAUUGUGCAACACUCAGUAGUGGUUUACAGUACAUCUCAAACACGCGGAGCAGUUCUGUGAAGGAGUGUGUAAUGAUAUUGAGAUUGGUUUCAAACUUUUGCUUGUGCUCAAAAGUGGCAAAAUAACAUCGUUUAAGGAUGCUUUUCUCAUUUCCUCCUUAAACUGUUCCACCAGAGCUAAUAACUGAAUGUGUGUGUAGCUCCCCGGUGUGUGUGUGGGUGGUUUGUGUGUUUCUCAGAAUCCUUGCCUGAUGGGGCACUGCAGGGGUACUGAACUGUGAGGAGUCUUCAUUAUCAGUGUUUUCUCUCAGCUGGGGGGGG